AUGGAAAUUCCGAGGGGUGGGCCUAGACGUCGUGGUGGGGGUGUAAGAGAAGGUAGAACUGGUGAUAGAGACAGGUUCCGUCCCAUAGAGGAGCUUUAUGAUGAUGAUGUAGAGUCUUCUAUCGGUGUACAACCUACUCCGCCCAUGGGUGAAAUGGCUGACCCUGGUCGUCUGUUGAGAUUGGCUAGAGACAUUAAUCAUCUGGGAGCAGCCAAGUUUCAUGGAAGCAUGGAUUACAUGGUGGCGGAUCAAUGGGUCGAGGAUAUGGAGAAUUAUUUUGAGAUGAUGGACUGUAAUGAGAUCGAAAAGAGGAAGUUAGCCACUUUCAUGCUAAAGGGUGAGGCUAGGGUGUGGUGGAAUUGUAUGCAAAAGACCAUUGAUGUGACCACCCUGACUUGGGAUGGUUUUGUGAGACUAUUCCGAGAGAAGUACUUUCCAGCUUCAGUGAGAGAAAAAUUGGAACGGGAGUUUCUCUCACUAACACAAGGGAAGAUGACGGUGACAGAGUAUGAGGCAGAGUUCUCUAGGCUAUAUAGGUUUGUGAAAUCAAUGGAUGCUGAGGAUUUGGCCAAGAAGUUUCAGCGGGGGUUGAAUGCUUCCAUUGAGCGUGAUGUGGCCAUUUUGGAACUGAAGGUCAUGAAGGAAAUUCUAGCAAAGGCUCUGAUCAUUGAGCAACAGAACUUGAUUCAUAAGGAGAAGGAAACAGCUGAGAGGGAUUUUCAGGGAAAGGGAAAGGCAGUGGCAGGUAACAGUGGAUCCAGAGACUUUAGGGGUGGAUACUGGAAGAGACAAAAGACUCAGUUCCACCAUCAGGCCCCAGCUAGAGUAGCAGCAGCUCCUCUUCCUCCUAUUCGGGCCGUACCUGUCAGACAAGUUGCAGCUGCAGCGCCUGUGAGAUGUUAUAACUGCGAUGAGUUGGGUCAUCUCUCUAGGGCUUGCACUAAACCCAGGGCUAAGGGAUGCUUUCGUUGCGGACAGACUGGACACCUUGCCAAGGACUGUACUCGACCCCGUGUUGGAGGACAAGAGAGGCACUGGGGUGGAAGGUACCUUAUCUGUUUAUAA